CAACGUUCAACCUCCCAAUCCUGACAAACCAAGCACCAUCGACGGGCCGGUCGUCAGCCAGUCCACACCGCGUUCAACCGCCAUGCCCUGGUAAACCUACCUACCUCUCGCUAUCGCCAACGAACAACCAAAGCGAUCGCACCACUCCGAUGCCCCUUUGCGACCCUCCGCCAUGGAGUUCAUGACCGCCCUCCGGGGCUCGUUCGACGACCAGAAACCGUCCCUCUUCGAGCUCAUCUCGGAACAGCAGCUCAACUCGCUCCUCCCGCCGACGAUCCGCUACCUCCUCACCGUCGCGACGCAGCGCUACCCGCGCUAUCUCCUGCGCGCCCUCAACUCCUUCGAUGAGCUCUACGCCCUGUGCAUGCUCGUCGUCGAGCGCCACUACCUCAAGACCCGCGGCGGCAGCUUCACCGAGAACUUUUACGGCCUCAAGCGCGAAAAGGCCCUGCACGCCGAGAUACCGCGCGCCAGCGCCGCCGCCCCGGGCGUCGUCAGAGACACCCUGAAGCUCAGCACCAAGGAUGUGUGGAUGAACCUCGCCGUCAUGGUCGGCAUCCCCUACCUGCGGCGGAAGCUCGACGAGGGCUACGAGGUCAACGCCCCGCGCGCCCUGCUCGGCGCCGCCUACACCCAGAUGCCGCCGAACCCAACGAUGAAGCAGCGCUUCCUGCACUACUACCGCUGGUUCCUGCGCAACAUCUACCCGAGCGUCAACGCCGCCUACUACUUUGCGCUGCUGUCCUUCAACCUGGCGUACCUGUUCGACAACAGCAAGUACCACAACCCGUUCCUGUGGCUCAUCGGCACGCGCAUGCGGAGGAUGACGGGCACCGACUACCAGGCCAUCGACGCGCUGACGAGCGGCAAGCCGAGCGGCAGGGCCGGGGCGCCCCCGGGGUGGCGGUCCCUGCUGUCGCCCCGCGAGAUGGGCCCGCGUCUGCUCUCCGGCCUGUCGCUGCUGCUGCCCAUGAGCAUAUUCGCGCUCAAGUUCCUCGAGUGGUGGCACGCCUCCGACUUCGCCAAGCAGCUGUCGCGCAAGGCGACGGAGACGCUGGACCUCCCGCCCCCAGUGGUAUCGGGCCUGGGAGGUGGCAAGGGAGGGGCUGGUGCCGCCAAGAGUGGCGCCGAGAAGGGCAACGAGAAGGCUACCGCUGGUGGCAGGGAUGACGACAACGACAACGACAACGACGACAAGCCGGCUGUCCCGGCCGCCGAGAUGGCUCCCAUUGCGACGCCAUCGCUGCUACCCAUAUACACGGUGCCCGCGCCAAAGGACUCGUCAUUGUGCCCCAUCUGCGAGGACGCCAUCGUCACGCCGACGGCGUGCCAGACGGGCAUUGUCUACUGCUACACGUGCAUCCACCGCUGGAUAGAGGGCCAGCAUCCCAUGCAGGAGGACUUCAUGGGGGACAAGGAGGGCAAGUGGGAGAGCGGGCAGGGGCGGUGCGCGGUCACUGGCCGGCGCGUCCUGGGAGGCACGGAGGGACUGAGGAGGAUCAUGGUGUAAGGGCUCCCACAGCGGCCGCGGAAGGCCGGGUGAUUUUUCCCCUUGUUGUUGGGGAUAAGAUGUCGGAUCAUGCAUCGAUGGAAAGGGAUCGUUUAGAAACGAGUGGGCAUCGGCCGAAAAUAGAAUCAGGCCGGGGCGUUUGGGUCAUGCAUGACCUUGAACUAUUUUUUUUCUUUUCUCUCUACCGUUGUCCGUAUACUAACUGCCAUGAAUAAUACCCACUCUCAUCCAG